AUGGUGGUGUCAAUGUCCAUGUGUGGUGAAGAAGAGAUAGAAUUGUCAAGGGACGGCAGCCAUUACAGUCUCUCAACUGGGAUAUUACCCUCUCUCGGAGCCAGAAGUAACCGCAGAGUUAAGCUCAGGCCUCUCAUUCUAUCUCCCUAUGACCGCCGUUACAGGACAUGGGAAACGUUCCUUGUUGUUCUGGUAGUCUACACUGCUUGGGUAUCUCCCUUUGAAUUCGGAUUCCUUAAGAAACCACAAGCACCACUUUCCAUUACGGAUAAUAUUGUCAAUGCAUUCUUUGCGGUGGAUAUAGUUCUCACCUUCUUUGUGGCUUACAUCGAUAAAGCUACCUAUUUGUUUGUAGAUAGUCCAAAACAGAUUGCUUGGAAAUAUGCAAGAACAUGGUUGGCCUUCGAUGUUAUCUCUAUCAUUCCUUCAGAGCUUGUUCGAAAGCUAUCACCUGCUCCUAUCCAAUCUUAUGGCCUAUUCAACAUGCUUCGGCUUUGGCGUCUUCGAAGAGUUAGUGCUUUGUUUUCUCGACUUGAGAAGGACAGAAACUAUAACUAUUUUUGGGUUCGGUGUGCUAAGCUUAUCUGUGUUACCCUUUUUGCUGUUCAUUGUGCUGGAUGCUUCUAUUAUCUUAUUGCUGCACGUUAUCAUGAUCCCAAAAAGACGUGGAUUGGGGCAUCAAUGGAUGAUUUCCUUCAUCAGAGCUUGUGGAAAAGAUAUGUGACUUCCAUUUACUGGUCUAUUACUACUUUGACAACGGUUGGUUAUGGAGAUUUGCAUCCAGUGAAUUCAAGGGAGAUGAUCUUUGACAUCUUUUACAUGCUCUUCAAUCUGGGAUUAACAGCAUAUCUGAUUGGUAAUAUGACCAACUUAGUUGUCCAUGGCACUAGUCGAACCCGAAAAUUUAGGGAUACCAUACAAGCUGCCUCAAGUUUUGCUCUAAGGAACCAAUUGCCUGCUCGUCUGCAAGACCAGAUGCUUGCUCACUUGUGUUUGAAGUUUAGAACAGACUCAGAAGGGUUGCAGCAGCAAGAGACACUUGAUUCUCUUCCUAAAGCCAUAAGAUCAAGCAUUUCACAUCAUCUUUUUUAUUCUCUGAUGGAUAAAGUCUACUUGUUUAAUGGGGUUUCAAAUGACUUGCUCUUUCAAUUGGUGUCAGAGAUGAAAGCUGAGUAUUUUCCACCCAGAGAAGAUGUUAUAUUGCAAAAUGAAGCCCCUACUGAUUUCUAUAUACUAGUCACCGGUGCCGUGGACCUACUAGUUCUUAAAAAUGGGGUUGAACAGAUUGUUGGAGAGGCUAAAACCGGUGAUCUUUGUGGUGAGAUUGGUGUGCUUUGCUAUAAGCCACAACUUUUCACAGUUCGAACGAAGCGAUUAAGCCAGCUAUUGAGGCUGAACCGUACUACGUUCAUGAACAUUGUUCAGGCCAAUGUAGGAGACGGAACCAUAAUCAUGAAUAAUCUUCUUCAGCAUUUGAAAGAGCUGAACAAUCCAAUAAUGGAGGGAGUUUUGAUGGAGACUGAGAACAUGUUAGCCCGUGGUAGGAUGGACCUGCCAGUGAGUCUCGGUUUCGCUGCUGUAAGAGGAGAUGAUUUGUUGUUACAUCAAUUGCUGAAACGGGGCUUGGAUCCAAAUGAAUCCGACAACAAUGGAAGGACAGCUUUGCAUAUAGCAGCAUCUAAAGGAAGUGAGAAUUGUGUUUUGCUUCUGUUGGAUUAUGGGGCAGAUCCCAACAUCAGAGAUUCUGAUGGUAAUGUUCCACUAUGGGAGGCUAUAUUGGGUGGACAUGAAUCAGUGAGCAAGCUGUUAGUAGAAAAUGGAGCCAACUUGCAGUACGGUGAUGUAGGUCAAUUUGCAUGCACUGCCGCUGAACAGAACAAUCUCAACUUGCUCAAGGACAUAAUGCGCUGUGGAGGAGAUAUCACACUUCCUAAUAGCAACCUUGGGACCACAGCUUUGCACGUUGCAGUCUCCGAGGACAAUGCUGAGAUUGUGAAGUUCCUUUUGGAUCACGGGGCUAACAUUGACAAACCAGACAAGCAAGGUUGGACCCCAAGAGAUCUAGCAGAGCAGCAGGGACAUCUUGAAAUUAAAGCCAUUUUUGAGUCCACUGGGGAGCCUAAGGUUCAAUCUUUUGUUGCUAUUCCUGAGAGGCAGAGUAAGAUAAGGUACCUUGGCAGAUUUACAAGUGAGCCAACGAUGCCCUUAUCAUCCCAUGAUGGCUCAUUUCAGGGAACAGAUGGCUCUUGGAGCCAAAGCCGUCCAAGGCGUAGGAGCAAUAACUUCCAUAACUCUCUCUUUGGGAUAAUGUCAACAGCACACAAAGGGGAGAAGGACCUGUUUUUCUCUGUUAACACUAAUAACAAUGCAAGGAAUGGUGGUAUGAAGAGUAGUAGGGUUUGUCCAACUAGAGUAAAAAUUAGUUGCCCUGAAAAGGGUGAGGUUGCUGGGAAGCUUGUAUUACUACCUGAAAGCUUUGAAGAGCUACUUGAGAUUGGAGCUAAGAAAUUUGGUAUCUGUCCUGCUAAGGUUGUCUGCAUAGAUGGAGCUGAAAUUGAAGAUAUAAAGGUGAUUAGAGAUGGUGACCAUCUUGUUUUCCUUAGUGCUGGUAGGGUGCUAGGCCUAGAGUCCAAUGGUCCUACACCUACACCCACGAACGAUGUGCUUCUAUAG